GUGUCCACUGCAAUCCAGACACCCAACAAGAAGCUUUCUAUAAAACCAAGCUCCCCCCAUGCAGCACAAACACUACUCGCAAAACUCCAUGGAGAAUCGCCCGCACAGGAGCGGCUCUGGCGACGUGUUCUCAUUCCCAAGCACUCCGGUUGAAGACCAAGACUCCGACUUCGAGUUCGGUUCUAUUACGCCGGACUCAUCCUUCAAAAACUCUCCUGCCGACCAUUUGUUUUUCAAUGGCCGGCUCUUACCGCAUGCUUUUCCUAUUCAACGAACCGCCAGUAUCGCUAUAGAGGGUUCUCGUACAACGAGCCGCACGAGCAGCGUUAGCAGCAAGGACUCGCUAAGGUCGUCGCGAAGCAAUAGCACGAAUAGUCGGAGCAGUAGUUGCAGCAGUGCAAGGACGAGCACGAGCGACAUUUCUGAGAGAAAAUUGUUGUAUCAGUACAAAGUUGCAUCCAAAGCAACUAUGGCUAGAGAUAGACACCAAGCCUAUAAUAAAGCUCUUUCAGCACAAAUAUACGGGUCUUCUCAAAGGUGGCAAUAUAUUACACCUGUACCUCUUUUGAGUCGCGACGACCCUUUGCGUAGAAAGAAAACGGGGAAAGAAGCAAAACCAAAGAAACAAGUUCGGGAGAGGAAAGGGGAAAGCUUGUGGCAUUUUACUGAAUUUUUCAGGGGGAUUGUCUCGGCCUGCAAAGAAUGCCAUGCCAUGGAACCGUCGAGCAAAUUAAGAUGAUCAUGUGUGGCAAGGAGAUCGACUUGAAGUUAGAAUAACUCAUCCAUUUCUUAUUUUCCUAUUAAUUUUUGGGGUUUGAGCAUAAUGUCGCUAGGCAUGGUGAUUUGGUUUCAUCGGUUUUGAAAUUGUAAGAAGCAGAGGUACUUUCAAAUUCCUAGAAGAGCCCUUGGUCAUUGGUGUGUUAA